AUGUCAGGUGCCUUCAGGUCCAGGAGGGUCAAUAACUCUUCGGUAAACUACCCCACAGCUAUCAAGUUUCUUAGCAGUACCUCCGUAACGCUAGAGGAGACAGAAAGAGAAGUAACUCAUUUUAUAGAUCAAACUGAGAAGUGGAAAAAUGCCCUCCCUGGAGCUCAAUUAAACGGAGAAGAUCUUGGAGUAGGCUUUUCUCCGCUGGGAGACAACAGUACCGUAUUGAGUCAGCUAGGAAGAAUUCAAAGAGAUCUCAGAGGACUUCCUCCAGUGGUUUCAGUGGAACCUCAAUCAUCCAACAAAAGAAUCAAGUUUGGCGAUGAUGACGUAGAGAACGGGGCUCACCAGAAUAAAAAGAUCAAAUUUGAUGACGAUGGCGAGUCAACAACAGUAAAUGAAGGGACAAAGACUACUGAAGACAUAGACGGUAUAGAAGAACCUAAGCAAGAAGAGACACAGGAUACACUAAUGGAAGAAGAUGAAGACGAUCAAGAAAAUCAAGACGACGUUGACGACGACAAGAAACACAAAAAGAGCGUUGAAAAGGAUAAAAAGGAUAAACUGAAGAAGGAGAAGAAAGAAAAGAAGGACAAAGAGGAAAAGAAAGAUAAGGAAGAAAAGAAGGAAAAGAAAGAGAAAAAAGACAAAAAGCACAAGAAGGAUAAGAAGAAGGAUUAG